AUGAAUUUCAUUUUCCAUCAGGGUUUUUAUCCCACCCUUCCUUCUCAAGAGCUCAAGCAGCACACUGACAUCUCUACAGAAGAAUUUCCACUGUCCAAGCCUGACCUGCUGUCCCAACUGGAACGAAAUGAUGAAGCAACAACUCUUGACUUGCAGGAGCCGGGAGCCGUCCCUCCAGCCGUAGGUGAGAACGCGGAGGGAGAGAACUGUCCAGCACAGGAAGAUUCCAAAGUGGCUGAACUCACGGGGGAGGCCUCCAAGGAUCCUGAGGUCGGGCCGCUGAGCCCCGAGGACUGGGCUGAGCACCCCUCCCUCCCCCCACCUCCCUCUCCUCUGCCACCUCCGAACCCCAACGUCUGCCAGGAAUGCGGCAAAGCCUUCAGCCACAAAUCCGCCUUGGUGAAACACCAGAAGAUCCACACCGGAGAGAAGCCCUACGAGUGUGAGAAGUGUGGGAAGAGCUUCAUUCAGCGCUCAGACCUGACUAUCCACCAGAGGACCCACACCGGGGAGAGGCCCUACCGGUGCCCCGACUGCGGGAAGAGCUUCAGCGUCAGCUCCACUCUGCUGACCCACCAGCGGAUCCACGCGCCGGGAGGCGAGAAACCGAAUCGCUGCCCCGAGUGUGGGAAAUGCUUCAAUGAUCCGGCGGCACUGGAACGGCACCGCAAAAGUCACACGGGAGAGAAACCCCACGAGUGUGGGGACUGUGGGAAAAGUUUUGCCUGGAGCUCCCACCUGGAGAGGCACCGGCGAAUCCAUACGGGGGAGAAACCUUACCAGUGCCCCGAAUGCGGCCGAGCCUUUGCUUGGAGCUCCCACUUGGACCGUCACAUGCGCACCCACGCCGUGUCAGCUCUGCCUGAGGAGGCGCCACCCUCCAAGUGCGCAGACUGUGGGAAGCGAGUCAACCACAUCACGCACCCACAUCGUUUCAAGCACAAGGGCACCCAGACCCCUCUGGAGCACGAGGACGGGGAGAGGGCCAAGGAGGAAGCCACAGAGAAGGAGAGGCCCCAUCGGUGCGCGCUGUGUGGGAAGGGCUUCAGCCAAAGCUCCAACCUGCUCAAACACCAGCGCGUCCACACCGGAGAGAAGCCUUACCAAUGCUCGGAAUGUGGGCGGCGGUUUAGCUGGUGCUCCGCCCUCCUCAAGCACCAGCGCACCCACAGCAAGGACAGGCCACACGCUUGUCCAGAAUGUGCCCGGGGUUUCAGGGACCCCACCUCCCUGGCCAAGCACCGGCUCAGUCACGCUGGCGGGAAGCCUCACCAGUGUCUGGACUGCAGCAAAAGUUUUGAGUGGAGCUCCCACCUGGAGAGACACCAACGGAGCCACACAGGAGAAAAGCCCUACGAAUGCGGGGACUGUGGCCGGGGGUUCACUGUGGGGUCCCACUUGGAGAGGCACCGGCAGAUCCACACCAGGGCCCGCCCUCACGGCUGUGGGGACUGCGGCAAAACCUUUGCCUUAGGGGCCACGCUGGCCAGCCAUCAGCACCUCCAGGACGCUGAAGCCGAGCCUCACCGAUGCCCCGAAUGCGGGAGAGGGUUCAGUGCCACCGCUGUGCUGGAACGUCACCGCCGGCUGCAUCGCAGCGAGAAGCCCUAUCAGUGCAAUGUCUGUGGCAAAGGCUUCGCCUGGAGCUCACACUUUGACCGCCACAAGCUCUCACAUACUGGGGAGAAGCCUUUCCCCUGCACGUACUGCGGGAAGUGUUUUGGACGCAGCUCCCACCGCAACCGGCACCAGCGCUCCCAUGCCGUCGUCCCCGAAGGCCAAGACCAGCCACAGGACAGCCCGCAGGAUGAUUUACCAACAGCGGCAGUGGCCGACUGGUGGGAGGGGGAAGGAGACAGAAGACCCUCACUGGAGCAGCAGGAAGCCUGGCCUGUCACAUUGGACCCCGUGGUCCCUUUCCAGUGGACAGGCAAGUCUCCUGGAGACACAUGGAGAACAAUGGGGGGAAGUGACCUUGGGCAGGGGGCAGAGAAUUUGACACAUCCUGUAGAAAGUUGGACUCAGCCGCCGCCUCCAGUUUCCCCUCCUAACCUCCCUUGACUUAUGUCUGUGCAAACUGCGUUCCUUUGUUAAGCUGUCUUUUCAGAAAUGCCGGUCCUCUUUGUCACCCCUAUGGGAUUAGCUAGUCAACCCAUCUUUGGGGCAAGAAGGAACGGUGAGUUCCUAGUUUCUUGGGUUUCUGGGAGGCGGAGAAGGAAGAGGCUCACUGUACAAUGCUUUACUCCCCCCCCCACCUCCUUUUAAAAGAAAUUUCACCCUACGACAGUGAGGUGGAUUGUUAUUGAGAGCCAGUUCGGUAUAGUGGUUAAGAGCGCGGAUUCUAAUCUCGG